CAAAGAAACAAAGAAAACCCUUACGCUGGUAGUGUAUAAAUCAAAUUUAUUCAUUAUAUUGCCGUUCACACCAAGCACAGAAUACCCUCGAAAACUGAACCUUCAAAGAAAUCCCUAACCAGGUUCACUCAUUUUAUGCAAAACAACAGCUCACACCACAUCUUGCUGAUUGACGUACAGCCGAAUUCCCAAACGAGUGAUUCCCGCUUUUCCCUCGAAAGCAUCACCGGUGUACACCGAGCCCACUACCUCCCCCAAAGUCCCACAAUCAAACUCCAUUCAAACCUGGCCGCGGUGGCGCUUAGUCGGGAUUAUCAACACCGAAGCGAACCACGAAGAAGGCGAACCAAGCUUCCACCUUCAUUGACUAAUUCCUAGUCCGUCCGUCCGGUAGCGUUGGCAUGACGUCCGCCACGUUCUGUUUGUGUGUUUUAUGCAUGCAAAGGCAAGUUUUGCAUCUACUGCGGCCUGGUCUGGUGGCGGCACGUUCAGCAUCAUCAGUGCCGCAUGAUUUAUGACGCUGGAUGCACACGAUAGCAUAGAACGUCCUAGCCCGCUUAACAUUCACCAAACAACGUCGGUACGGUAAAACGGCUGUAUUUAGUUAGCAGACCAGUGUGUGUGGAGUCGUUUCCGGUGGCGUUCUGUUUGUGUGCGGAUUUUCAGGAGCCUAUUGUGGCUGGAUUGCUCUGCCAACACAGGGGCGAGUAGAUUUAUGUAACUUCCUUCCCAGAUGGACAAACAAAGACACAAAAGGGUCCCCAUCUCCCCCAGCAGAGAUGCAGUAGAAAUGCCAAAUAGUGAAAAUGCGUGCCUCACUCACUCACCGAAUAGGCAGGUAGUGGUGACAGGUUGGAAGGGCAAGGAUCAUGACGUCAAUGGGGUAAUAUGUUACUCCACACCGGCUAGUAAACAAUGCAACUAGCCUUGCCGUAUCGGCUUGCAUGUGUGAUGCAUCGUCGGCGUCAUCAUCAUCAUCGUUGCACACGUACACCUUGACGGUCCGGUUUUAACUCGAUAUGGGGUAUGAUCAAAGAAUGUAGUUCAAAGUCAGUGGAUUGAUAAGCUCCUGGAAUAUGCCUAGACAAGUGGAAUUUUCCUACAAUAUUCUUCAAUUUUCUUCUUAAAUUUUGAUAAAUUAAAAUUGUUCAUAAAAAAACUAAAUGAUUCCUUAUAAUCUUUAACCCUAUUUACAUGGAAUCUCUAGGCACAACACACCCUUUUCAGAUGCUCGUGCAAACCAGGUCCUUCUGUCACCGGGCUGCACAUUGCCGCCGCAGUAUACAAUUAGUUGUUUAGACCCUGAUCUUACCAUAUCCAUGGAACAACACACCAUGAGCAGUAAAUAACGUUAGAAGAAGGGGCAAACACACACUCAGUCCCCUCCACAGCUGCCACCGUUCGUGACGUGUUUUACCCGCCAAGAACGCGGGGUUAGGUUUGGUAUUCUUGUACUCUCCCACAAAGCACAAAGCACUGUUUGUCAAUUUGUAGUCAUUUUAUUUCCUUCAGCAGCAGUGAUAUGUAUACAUAUCAUUGUUGUUAAGUGGUGUAAAUAGACAGGCCAGACAAAAGUAGCUCACACCCAUAAUAGUGAACACAUCCAUUACACUCGAAACCGUGCGCCGCCGCGUGUGAUAAGUGAUCAAAUAUUUGUCUUGUGAUUAUCCUCAGUGACAGUAGCGUACUGUAUAUCGGGGGGAGGAAAAUACGAUCGAAGGGAGACGAACAAAAGAAGCGUUAACAAGAAACACACCCUUAAUGAGUUGCGUAUCGUAAUCAAUUUAUCAUAAAGCAGCACGUACGCGUGCGCGCGCUUGUGCUACAGCUGUACAACUUAUUCCAACGCGUCUUAAUUCAAUGCUGCAAUGGUGAAAUGAUCAUCCUCGCCUAUACGAUCGUGCCAGCGGCCAAGGCUUCACAAGGUGGUGUCGAUUAGUGUACGGGGUGUGCAUAAAGGUGAAUGAUGAUAGCAGCGUUCCCUUGGUUCCCUUGGGGCGAAUGAACUGAUCGUCUGCUCGGUCGGAUGGUACCGCGAGGAUGCGGAAUCUCGUGAUACGGAAGCAUUUCUUCUAGGCAAGAAAUGCAUUCAGCGAAAAUGUUAAUCCUUUAUAGGGAUUGAGAAUUAUUUUUUGCUGUCUCUACUGCUACUGAUGAUGCUUGCCCUUUGUAGGUUAAACGACACCAGGGUACGAUGACCGAUGAUACUUCUCGAUAAGGUUGAGCGUGUCAGGUACUGACUGUGUCAGGUCGUGUUUGUCAUGAAGACAUGACUUAUCUAGCCUUGUGGCUUUCAAAACAAGAAUGAUCUACAUUAAAUUGGAUUAAAGUACAUAUAACGUUGUGAAAAAGGUAAUAAAGUGUAAUAAAAUUGAACAAAACACAAAAAAGCAAGUGAACAAUAACAAUGCAACAAUGAUCAAUACUAGCGAUUAAGCUUUCUUUAAGCGACAAUACACUCAACACCCAAAGAGGGAAGAAAACAAAAAGGUACACAUUUCAGGCAGUAAAAGGCAAUAGGCGCAUUAAUAAUAAUAUGGUCAUAAAAUGCAAUAAAAUAAACGUUGUGGACUAGCAGCACGUUCGUCCUUGGCUGGAGAGAGAGAGAGAUACAACAGUUAUUCCGAGAAUCCAGUCCGUUUGUUGCGAACCUUUGGCUAGUCGAGUUGACCUGCGAGAGUUGCUUUCUCGAAGUCUCUUCUGGACUAGUAAGCGCCUACUUCUCGUUCUUCUGCACGCAAUGGAAUGCACUUAAACACAUUUAUCAAGCCGUUUCGAGCCGUAGCUAGCACAGUCAGGAAGAAGUGUACACUUCGGGGGAUUCUUUACGCGGUCCCAGAUCCGCUUCUGGAAGAAAUUGCACCCCCCUCUACACGCUGGUCCGAAGUUCAAUAUGCUUUAUGGGGUCAUGCAGGUAUGUAGUGUGUGCUUGUCGGACCGGGCAUGAAAUCACGAUCUUCCCGUGCUUGGCAUCGUGGCAUUGAACUCCACAGCCCCGAUAACCUCCGCCCAAGAUGGUCCGUAUCCAAUUGCUCGGAGGCACAUGCUUCGCCCAUGGGAAAGAUUCCUUAUUUUUGGUUCAAAAACAAAAGCUGUUACUACGUGCAAAUAGAAGUUUAUGCAAAUAGCAUCAAACCGUUCGAUCGAUUAGAAUAGAUAAGGUACACCCGGUCGCGCCCACUAGCAAACGUCGCCCGGUGCUGGUUACUGGACUGUUUGCACACUAUUCCGAAUUUACCAUUCCGACGGAGUAGAUUGUUUGACCAGCGGCAUGAGAGGAAUUAAUUUCAUGAUCGCUAGGCUGCAAAACGGUGCUCGCCGGUAAUUGCUGGUCGCUGGAUUUUGGGGGAGGGGGAAGACGAUGUGUCUCAUGCCACCACUUGUCAUCAUAUGGGGAAGUUCCAGCGCGGCAUCAGCUUCUGUGGCUGUGAUGCCCCGUGGGCUUGGCCGGUGUAGCGGUACGCAAGUCGUAUCACAGGCGUAUGUCACGAACAGUCACCAGCGUGCGGAAACGUACGCCCAACUAUGACACGGGGCAGCGUCAACGGAAUAUUCAAAGGCUACUCAAGGCAACAGGCUGGUAGGUUUUAGACACGGUCCGUUGAUAUUCACGGAGAUGUGAUCGUGUUGGAGUUGCGAUGAGAAGGAACGGGUUUGACACCUCGUCGUUAUGAAUCGUCGUUAUGAAGAAUUUUUAAAUUUAAUGGGCAAAAAAAGAGCAAGACAUGUGACUAGAUAAUGUGGUUGUAGUAACGAAAAUGGCUUAAUAAUGCCACAUGAAAUUUUCGAUUUAAUAUAGAGCAUAUUGUUGCCUGUUGCUAUAUUUGACACCAAGAAUAUCAGUGACUAUCGGAAAUUUCGGUUAAUGCGUUAAUCCGUUAAUCUGUGAAGAACAUGUUUGUAUUGCCGCCCUUCUUCAGAUUUCAACCUCAGUCAGGAAUUCUUCAAUUCUGAUCGCAUAAUUACUACAUUGAGUUCUGCUUCUUCUUUCUGUUUCUUCUUGGGAACAAUCAAACAUUGUCGGUCAAGGCCAGCCUGUACCACUAACGGGCUUGGCUUUCAGUGACUUAUUGAGUAUACAUAAUAGGACAUUCAGUCCUACGUAUGGGCGCAUGAUCCAUUCGAGGCUUGAACCCAUGCGUGUUGUUAAUUUGUGCGAAUUGACGUCGUGCGGCCUUUGGCAUUGGGUUCAGUUACUCCAAUUGUAGUUGCACAUCAUAUUCUAUCUCAAAGCAAGUAAAAAAGAUAUGUCAGUAGUCGCGAUUUGCUUCGAAAGAGUUAUUAUCUUACUCUUUAGACUACAUAAUAUUUGCUCCCCCACUUAAUCAAACUGCGAAUAUUCGAAAUUCCUUCGUCAGAUUAUCCUUCCAUGAGCUCUUGGGAGCCCAUAUGCAGACAGCCAAGUCAAGUUAACCACUGAGAAUGUUUAAGGUGCAGUUACAUUGGAACCUAACCACAUCCAGCCUUUUCAGAAGUUGAUGGGUUUAUCAUUAAUUCUUCUUAUUAUAAUUUGUCGAUCUGCUACAAUCAUAGUCUGCCUCAGCCACCGACUCAGACCGAGCCUAUAGUAGCAUAAUUAGUCCUCUAUAUGCGGGGAGGCUCGGUCUGUGUGAGACUUCACAGGAAUGUUGUUAAGUCGUGUGACUAGACGAGUUUUGCACAGGACCGGCACCAGUCAACGUUCUACUAAUACCCACAGCCCACGUUUUGCUAAUCUCUGUUCAUACAAGUACAGGUUAUCUGAUCCGUUUUACUUCCCGAAAUUCCACUCAUACAAACGGGUAUUGACAAAUCCAAUCCCGAGAUAUAUUUUUAGCCACCACGUUUAAUCUCACCGACCACAUUUGCGGGCAUUUGAAACACAAAGAGCGUUUGUUUGUUCUUCGCUAAGCAAACCGCCCUAAAAGCACGUCCAUACACCCGAAUUGACAAAUCAACUUUACGAUCACUUGGAACGUGUUCUAAACGCCUCCUAUAAAGAGAAAAAAUCCUUUCCUUACGCUAUAUUUUUACCGCAAGAUGUUUCUACGUUAAUUCAACAGAUGAUUCGUUCCCCUUCCUCCUCUACCCCAAUGUUCUGACCGAUAUUCAUGUUCCGUUUACCGCUCGGCAGCAGUGCAAGCAUUUCAAGGUUAAAAAUCAGGUUGUCCGAAGUUUCGCUUUCGUGCGUCGUUGCUGCUGCAGGGCAAAUGCGUGGAGUCAGCAGCCGAAGCUCGGCAUUUGUUUUUUUACAACCGCGCGGCUUAUUAUGAUAAUUUAUGCGCGAUCAAAAUUUACAGUUCAUCGUAGACAGAUCGCUCGCGACCGCGGGUCUCUUUGAUUGACAGCGCGAGGUGGCGCUCCACAGCUACCGGAAAGCGAUUUCGACGGUAUAUUAAACCAUUUUGACGAUUUUAAUGCGACUUGAAGAGGCACGAAUUAUUGUUAAUGAAUUGGAGAUCACACCACGCUUAGCAGUUAGCACACAGCUUAGAUGGUUUCGCUUACUUCUUCUCACUUACCUUUCACUUUAAUCCCGCUGGAUAGAGCACUGCAACGAAAUAGUCGAAAAUACCUACGCACACACAGACACACACUGCCACGCACACACACGCACGCACGCAACUGCACGGCCAUGGCAUCGGUAUACCCAAGGACACUCGGUGGGUUCACGCUUUUGCUGCUGGCACUCGCUGCCACCAUUACGCCCGGGGGUGGACAGGCACUGAUCACACCGCUGGAUUCGCCACUGCUCGCCACCAAGUACCGGGGCUUCCGCGAGAUCAUGUUCAACUUCAUCGGCCAAACCGGCAACAACAAGAACAAGUUCCUGAUCAAUCUGAAAAAGGGAAAAGUUCAAAAACAGUUCGGUCCCGAGGAACCGUUCUUCUGCAACACGACCGGCAUGCGCAGUGAGACGGUACCGACCUCCGUGGACAGAUUGCGGCCGGGCGAUAUCGAUAUCAUCGGUGCGAUUGGGGAUUCGCUGACGGCAGGAAAUGGUGCAAUGGCGACCAACAUACUUGAGGUGCUGAUCGAAAACAAGGGCCUUUCGUGGAGCAUCGGUGGGCAGGGCACGUGGCGACAGUUUCUAACGCUGCCGAACAUACUGAAGGAGUACAAUCCGAAGCUGUACGGCUAUCCGACCAAGGAUGGUUUGUCGACGCGCAAGGCUUCACUGUUCAACGCAGCAGAAGGUGGCGCCAUGUCACAGGACAUUCCCUAUCAGGCCCGCAAUCUCGUCAAACGGAUGCUGUCCGACCGGAAGGUGGACAUCAACAACCACUGGAAGAUGAUCACGCUCAUGAUCGGUGGCAAUGACUUCUGUGCCGAGAUCUGCUACAUGGCCACGCCCGAAAAGAUACUGCAGUAUCACGAGAAGAACAUCGUCAGUGCGUUGCGAACCUUCCGUGAUUAUCUACCGCGCACGUUUGUCAAUCUGGCGGCGAGUCCAAAGGUGGACAUCUUGGCACGCUUCAAGAACAAACCACAGGAGUGCGUCUCGAUGCACGUGAUCGAGUGUCCGUGUCUGCUGGCCACACGGUUCCGCAAGCAGCGCGAACGGUUCGUCAAGCUGAUCGAGGACUGGAACAUGCUGCAGAUGGACAUUGCCGCCCGGGAGGAGUUUCACCGCAAGCCCGACUUUGCCGUCGUUUAUCAACCGUUCACGAUGAACCUUACCUUCCCGGAGACGGCCAGCGGUGAUACGGACUUUACGUACAUGUCGCUCGAUUGCUUCCACCUUAGCCAGAAGGGCUAUGCGCUCGCCUCGAACGCACUGUGGAACAAUAUGCUCGAACCGGUGGGGGGUAAAUCGAUGAACUGGGAGCGCGAGUUUACGCUGUUUAGGUGUCCGAGCGCGGAAAUGCCAUUCCUGCGAACGCCCGGCAACAGCUAGAGCACUCUGGGCACAAAAAGGGGGCCAAAAAAGCUGACGCACUUCAUCAAAAAUGUGAUAUUAUUUCUACUUACACACCGGACGGGGUUUGGAAGGAAUUCGAAUUCCCCACACUCAUCAAACAUCAUGUGCAAUUUUACGUUUUUAAGACACGCUAACGGGCUUAAGAGUUAAGAAUCAGUUGUCACCCACCAAUCAUUGUGUUCACCUUGGGCAGGACACUACGCAACCGCAACACUGCCGUCGAAGCUUACGCAAUGCCUUCAUCUCACUCAUGCAAUGCACACUGCUCUGGAAGGAUUUCAUUACAGUUUUACAUACAUAUUUUACGCAACUUUA